GGUGACUGGUUCGGAGACGCGGCUUCUCGAAUUACACUGUAAAUAAUAUUGCGUGACUUUGAAUUAACUUGAUUACGCAUGCCGAUAGCGACGAGACAUGAUCGUCUGGUAAAGAUGGCGGUGCAAGCACUCUUUUUCUAUUUCCGGGUAGCUUUCGCCAUCCUUCUGCUACAAACAAUCACAGUUCUUUCAGUUUGUGCGGAAGCUGGUUGCUCCAGUCAAGCGGUUGGCAUUAGCGAUAGUCACGUGAUACCUGAUAACAGAUUUUCAGCUUCAAGUGAAUACACCCCUAAUUAUGGAGCACGCUAUGCUCGACUUAACGGUUCGCCUGGAUGGUGUCGCAAAGGAAGUGAUACUAGCGGCUAUCUCCAGAUCGACCUCAACUCCGUGUUCGUGGUGUGCGCUGUGGCUACACAGGGAAACGGGCUUGUCGGCAAAAAUGAGUGGGUGACUUCAUACAAAGUUGGGUUUUCCAUGGAAAACAAAGCAUGGUCCACAUAUCAAGAGAGUGCUGGGGUUGACAAGGUAUUCACUGGUAACACGGACGGAACGACAGUCGUCAAAAACACCCUCGCGGUUCCCACCAUGGCGCGGUUCAUCCGGUUUGUACCCCUUACUUGUCGAAGUGAUCCGACGAUGCGGGUGGAGGCGUAUGGUACUAGGCCCGACGUGUGCAAGUCGUCGCUUGGUCUGAUUGAUGACGCCAUCCCAGACUCAGCAAUGUCGGCGUCAUCGGGUUCAGCGUCGGCUGGCCGUCUGUAUGGCGGCUCAUCUUGGUGCAGUACGUCAUCGUCCGUCUCUGAGUACCUUCAGGUUGACCUGGGAGGGGUGAGGACGGUCUUAGGAGUAGCCACACAGGGGUCCCCUGGGGAGGAAAAGUGGGUCAAGACUUAUAACCUUCAGUACAGUGGUGAUGGGACGAGAUGGCUGACUUAUGAUGCCGCCACCAGCAAAGACUUCAGCUUCACGGGUAACGUCAACAAGAAUCUUGCGAUGAUCAACUGGCUCAGUCAUCCAAUCAGAGCACGCUACGUCAGAAUCAAGCCGCUGACCUGGAAUAGCGCAAUCUGUUUACGAGCAGACCUGUUUGGAGACAUCGAAUGCUCGUGUGAGAGUCUGGCUCUAGGACUCGGUGACAAUCGCGUACCUAGCGCAAGUAUCACCGCCUCAUCAAACAACGCAAAUGCCGUACGCGCAAGACUGGGCACUACAAGCGGUGCAUGGUGUGCGGGCUCAGGUGACGUCUCGCCAUACCUGCAGGUGGAUCUUGGAUCAAGUCACAUGAUCUGCGCCGUAGCUACACAAGGAGAUCCGUCCGCUGACCAGUGGGUACAGACUUAUCGGAUUAAUUACUCGGAUGAUGGAGCGAACUGGACAAAUUAUAGAGAAAAUAACACCACUAGGAAGUUCAACGGUAAUUACGACAGAAACUCGAUCGUGCGUCAAGUACUGUACCAAGCCCCCGCCGCCAGAUACGUCCGCGUGGUGCCAAUUUCGGAGACUGGGUCAAAGUGUCUACGGUUGGAGCUGUACGGUCACCGACUAGGAUCAGCAAUUCAUGGUAUUGUAGCGCCUACUAUCCCUGGUACGCAAGACUACAAACAUCAAAGGCUUGGGGACCAAAAAUUGCCGAUAGAGACAAUACAUAUCUCCAAGUUGACCUGGGAGGUCUGUGGCGCGUGUGCUCUGUGGCCUCUCAAGGGACGGCCUACAGCCACUCGGAGUGGACCAAGCAGUACGCUAUCGCGCAUUCUGUCAAUAAUAUCAGUUGGACGCCAUACAAUGAGUCUGGUGUACAGAGGGUGUUUACUGGAAAUGUUGACAAAUCAAAUGUAGUGGUAAGACUGCUCGCUCAUCCGCCACUGGCCAGAUUCAUUCGGUUUGUUCCAAGGGCA